UUGUCGUUUCAAAGGAUUCAGCUAAUUAGUACAUGUGAAUGUGAUUUUGGAAAACAAAUAGAAAUGUGUGAGACAAAUGAAGACAGUGAUUUUGACUUGUUAGCAGAUAGUGGAUACACAGAGGAUAUGUCUCAACUGUCGCCAGUGAAAAAUGUGGAUAAAUCAGAUUUUCAUCUUCUUUGUCCAUCAUUAAACUUCUCUGACGACGAAAUGGACCAGAAUUGUGUAGAAAAAAGGAACACUUUAGACGAUAAUGGUAUAGAGCCUCAGCAUGUUAGGAAUUCAAUCAUAAAAACAGACAUAGAGUUUAUUGAAAGGGAGAUUACUCCUGCAAUGAUUCAGGCAGAGGAAGUCCGGACAAGUGAUGAUGAUAUGUUUUGUACAUGUCCAAUUAUUUGUAUUCCAAGGGAGAUAAUUAUGAAAAUUUUUACAUAUUUUACACAACCUGAACUCUGUUGUAAAUUGUCCAGAGUUUGUAAAUCAUGGUAUGACUAUGCAUUUGAUGCUAGUUUAUGGAAAGUUAUUGACCUUCACAACUACCGAAACAUACCGUCCGUCAAUUUAUGUCGUUUAAUUGCAAAAGCUACAAACUUACGAUCACUUUUAUUGCAUGGAAGAGAAAAUAUUUCAGAAAGUGAAGUUGCUGUUUUUACUGAAUAUACAUCAAAUCUUCAAAACUUAGAUUUAGGAUUUUGUCAAAAUAUGAAUAUUCCAAUGCUUUCAAUUAUAGUUAACAAAUGUCCCAUGCUUGAAAGUAUUAACUUGGAAGGGGAUACAUGUUUUAAACCUGGAAGUUUACAAAUCCUCAGUAGAUGUGAGCACUUAAAGGAAAUGAAUUUCUCACACUGUAUUUUAGAAAACAUGGAUCUUUAUCAUUUAGCGAAGAAUUUAGAAACUAUAACAAGUCUCAAUAUAGAUGGCAUUUCUUGGAUUGAUGAUGAACCUGUGAUAUAUUUGUUGAAACAACACAAUGAACAUUUAACCGAGCUUGUCAUUGAUGGAGCAGAAAUAACAGAUGACUGUUAUGAAUCCAUAGCAAAGUGUUCUUACUUAACAGUAUUUGAGGCAUCAUUUUGUGAACUGUUAACAGAUAAAAGCCUUGAAUAUCUUCAGAAUUUAAAUAAAUUAAAGACGUUGCGUUUAAGAAAAGGAACAGAAUUCACAGCAGCUGGUUUGAUGAAUUUCUUCUCCUCUCCUGGAAUUAAACAUUUGACAUCAUUAGACUUGUCAGAAUGCACAGGUUGUGAUGAUAUUUGUGUGUCACAAUUAUCACAAAGCUGUGGAAAGACUUUAAAACAUCUAUCAUUAUGUUGGUGCUGGCACAUCACAGAUAGAGGUGUAACUGCAGUAGUUGAUCAUUGUAGCAAUUUGCUACACUUAGAUUUAACUGGGAUCGACAAGAUAAAUGGGGACUGUUUUGGGCGAGUACCAACAGAAAUGCCACACCUUAGACUACUAGACCUUAAACAGUGUAACAGGAUCAAAGAUGAGUUGAUUGAGGAUGUUGUUCGACAGAAGAGAAACCUGACUGUUAUUAAUUACUAUGGAGAAACUGUAAUGUUUGAACAAUCAUGACACAAGUUAAAAGUUUACUGACAAAACUCAUAUAUAUAUCACUGUUGACUUACAGUAUGGAAAACAGCAAUAUGUGUAGUAGCACUGUUAAUUUGAUAUAUUUUUUCUGCCAUAAAAAUUAACAUUUUAAUUGAUUUUCAUUUGUUUUCUACAGUCCAUUAUAUAACCAUGGCAGAGGGAGCAUUAAGUGAUAUCCUUGUCGUCUGUACGUACAUCCCAAAAUUUGUUUCCAUUCUCUAACUUUAGUUCUCCUCAUCCAAACAUUAUGAAACUUAUACAUAAUGCUU